CCCGUGACCUUUGACCGGCUUCAUUCAGCUGACAGACGAGCUUAGUAGGAAAGGAAGGGCUUGUGGAAACCGGCUCCGGUUAGUCUCUGUUUUGGUGUGUGAAGCUCCAACAGACAUUUACGAAUAUCCAGCAAUGAUUUGUGAAAAUGUAUUUCAAUAAUAAUCCAGGAGACACAAUGGAUACGCGGAAUAUUGUUGUGGACUAUGUGAAAUAUCGUCUGGAACGAAAUGGCUACGUGUGGCAAAAUGGACCUGUGAUGGAAAAUGGAGCUAGCAGAGUUUGCAACACUAUGCGUAGUAUAGGCGAUGAGUUCGAGGAGAGAUACCGGAGUCAGUUUGAAGAAAUGGGAAAUCAGCUGCAUAUUACGCCAACUACAGCGUACCCAACAUUUCAUGCAAUUGUCAAUGAGCUAUUCGCGGAUGGUGUGAACUGGGGCCGUGUGGUCGCUUUGUUUACUUUCGGGGGCUCCCUCGCAGUAAGGUGUUUUGAGCAGAAUAUGCCCCAGAUUGUGGAUUCAAUAGUUGACUGGGUUUCUACAUAUGCAGACAAUAAUUUAUCACAAUGGAUUUCCGCUCAAAGUGGAUGGGAGGGGUUUGUAGCAUUUUACGAGCAAGGCCCCGAGAAUCGAAACGAGAACCCAUGGCCUUCAUUACGGCAAAUCUGUGGAUACGCAGCUGGCGCCAUCGGUGUCCUGACGCUGGGCGCCAUCCUCACACAGAAGUCCUGACGCUAGAAGGGACGACAACGCCAUGCGACCAAACUCUCUGUCAAUACUUUGGAGAUAAAUAAAUAUUGUGUUAUUUAUUUCCUCAGUUGUGAAAUCUGGCUUUAAAUGUGUGGACCCAAAUCAGUUCUCUAGCGAUAUUGGCUUUGUUGUUGUCUGUCUGUCUGUGUGUCACAACAUGAUCAGUUGGACUCCCAGAAUGCAACAGCCAUAUAGUACAUGGAUCUACGGUUGAGAUCAAGUUGAACUGAAGUUUGGUUUUUCUCCUUGUAUCGUGGAUAUAUGUGCACAGGAUCUUCUGGAUUACUUCGUACCUCCACAAUGUCUGUUAGGAAAAGACAAUUGUAUAAACAGUUUUAAAGUUCCAGUUGGGAAAGCACUAUGAAAUGGAUAUCGCGGUUGUCGUUCCUCAGAUGGUUUUGACGUGAGCAAUGAGCUUAUCAUUGCUGAAUUUUAAUUAAUUCACAGAAAGUGGUAAUCAGGGAUAUGUUUUGAAUUAAUAACACCCACUGUUAUUCAGAAGUUAGUCACAAUGUUGCAGUGAUUUUUAAUUAUUUUUCAGGGAAAAUUUUACAAAUUUGAUAGGGUAUAUGUUCAUCUGAUGUUAUGAAUGCCUUUUAUUUAUUUCCUUCAUAACAACCUAUUCAUUUCAUUGAUUUAUUCAUCAUAAAUAGUCGCUAGCGGUUGUCAUUGUACCAAUUGGUACUCUUUAUACUUUUCAUAUGUGCACUAUUAUGCUGCUUUCAUCAAAACUGUUUCUAAAAGCUGGUGUGGUGAUUGUGUGCUAUUUUCAUACAAUGCCAACUGAAAUGAGUUUUGAGCAUCAUGAAGAAUUGCAUUAAGCUAUUUCUGUUGUUAGAUAUUAUUAAUUGUAUAAGGUCUGACAAUGAUUGUCCGAAACACUGUUUUUUUGCAGUGGUCUUUGGUUAAGCUAGGAUGCAAAUGUUGUUUCUUUUUCUUGUUAAAUUUUAAUGCUGUAAUCUAUUUGAAUCAGUUGAUACCAAAAUGAACAUCUGAAAAUUAGAUGUUAAAAUUCUCAUGUACUGAAUCAUACUAUAUAAACUCAUGAAAAAAUCGAAAGUAUGAAAGCAUGUGACAAACCAUAGUGUUAGAACUGAUACACGCUAGGACUGUUCCUCCAUUGUGAGCUUUGGCGAGGCUGUGAUGAGAUUCACUGAAUGAAACUUAACUCUUGAAGAGAUAAAUCGUCAAAAACAAUGACUGGAGACUCUGUUCAAACUAUUUUGGGAUGUUUUGUAAGAGAAACAUAUCUUUGACAAUAUACAUGUCAGGUAUGAGUGAUAGUGUCACCAAUCAUUUCACUCCAUGUCAAUAUGGAGGACAAAAUAUUUUAUUCAAGAAUUUGGGGGGAAGGGAUUUUUGUUCAAAAGAUCACUGGACAUGGAACCCCUUCUCUCAGAAUAAUGUCCAAUGCUUGAUCCCUACAUCCAUGUUGUAAACAUCUGCUGUGAUGAGAUGUGAAGUUGAGUCAAGGACCAAUGUUUCAUCGCACAAAGAUUGUUGGUACUUGGUUGAUAGCCAUACAUGACCCACUGUCCCUGCUGGUCUAUCUGCCGCAGCCUUGGAUCCAUUACAUGUACUUCUCGCAAAUUCAUUGGACUAUUCCAAAUUAA